CGUCUGGAGCGGUCCAAUGCCAGCUCAUGGACGCGGUUUACCCUGGGAUGGUGCCGAUGCACAAGGUUAAUUUUGAUGCCAAGUCCGAGUAUGAGAUGCUACAGAAUUAUAAGGUUCUUCAGGAUGUCUUCAACAAGCUCAAAAUCAAUGAGGGAACUGUCAACAAUGUGACUCUUGGCCACUUCAUUGGCAGAGUGUACCUCUUCCUCACUCACCUUGGAAUUGACAAAGAGAAAUUGUGUUUCCGACGGCAUUUGCCCAAUGAGAUAGCUCAUUAUGCUGCAGAUUGUUGGAAUGCAGAAAUUGAGUGCUCAUAUGGAUGGAUAGAGUAUGUUGGGAUUGCUGAUAGAUUUGCUUAUGAUCUAAAAGCACAAUCAGUAAGCCUAGAAGACUGUAAUGUGAAUUAUAUUUUUUUCAUUCUUUCUCUUGUUUAGUAUAAGAAUUAUAUAACUAUUCUUUGUAAGAAUUUUCAAAGUAUG